AUGCCGCUGCCAGUGGGGUUUGGAUGGGCAAUACGACCUCUAGAGUGUUGUAGCCCUUCCCGAACAUACUUUUACGCAAUGAAGUGCGCGCUGCUCCUGGCGCUGGUCUCAGCCGCGUUGGCGUCUGAUGUCACUCCAGUCCAGAAGGUCGUGCAGAUGCUUGAGAAUAUGAAGGACAAGGGUGUAAAGGACAUGGAGGCAGAGCAGGUUCAGUUCACGGAGUUCAAGCAAUUCUGCGAGAUGACCCUGGCAGAGAAGAAGAAGUCCAUCAGUGAUGCCAGCGACAAGAUGGAGACGCUGGAGGCAGACAUUGAGUCUGCGGCUGCAGAUUCCGAGCGUCUCGCCGCUGAGAUCGCUGGCCACGUCGCAGACAUCGAGACGGCCAGUGCGGAGAAGGCAAACGCCACCUCCAUUCGAGAGAAGGAGCGUGCAGAUUUCUUGGUGGCCUUGAAGGACUACACGGAGUCCAUCGAUGCCAUUCGCAGGGCUGUCAAAGGCUUGAAGGCAGAGGACCAAAAGACGGCCCUUGUCCAGCUCACCCGUGCUCGCGGCAUGAAGCUGCUUCCCACCGAAGCUGCGGACAGCAUCGACGCUUACCUGAGCAACACCGCCCCCAAGUCGAGCUUGAUGCAAGCCAAGCACGAGUCUGGCGACUCCGAGGCUCCAGCUCCCAAGGUUUACGAGUUUCAGUCUGGGGGUGUCAUCAGCAUGCUGGAGAGCUUGCAAGAGAAGUUUGUCGAUGAGCGUGUGAACUUGGAGAAGGAGGAGCAGACCAAGCGACACGCUUUCGACAAGCUGUCCCAGAGCUUGGUAGCCAAGCUGACGCAGUCCAAGAAAGAGCAGCAGGACAAGACGCAGUUCAAGGCCAAGAAACUGCAGAGCAAAGCUGCUGCAGAAGGCGACCUUGAAGAGACGAAGACCGAGAAAGCCUCGGACGUGAAGUACUCCACGGACUUGGAGCAAACCUGCACUAAGAAGUCGGCAGCCUACGAGGAGCGCCAGAAGCUCCGCCAGGAGGAGAUCGAUGCCAUCGGCAAGGCCAAGGACAUCAUCGCCAGCGGGGCUGUGUCUGGCAGCGCUGAGAAGCACCUUCCCAGCUUGGUGCAGGCAGUGCAAGCCAGUGCCCUGGCCUUCCUUCGAUCAGAGCACCACUCUCCGAAGCAGGAGCAGGUGGCACGCUUUCUUCAGCGCCGAGCUUCGCAACUAAACAGCCGUGUUUUGUCGUCCGUUGCCUCCCGUGUUGGCGAAGACCCGAUUGCAAAGGUGCGGACCAUGAUCGAGGGUCUGCUGGUGAAGCUGCAGAGCCAGGCCAACGAAGAAGCUACAAAGAAGGGAUGGUGCGAUGCCGAGAUGACCAGCAACAAGGCCACGAGGGAGGAGAAGUCUGACGCCACAGACUCGCUGCAGUCUGAGAUCGAUGAGGCGUCAGCAUCCAUCGCCAGCCUGGGCGAAGAGCUGACGACUUUGAAUUCGGAGCUCACCGAACUCAGCAGUGCCAUGGACAGUGCGACUAAGUUGCGCAAGAAGGAGGAGGCCAAGAAUGCGGCCACCAUCAAGGAUGCCAAGGAGGCACAGGCCGCAGUUGCUCAGGCGCUUGGCGUUCUGAAGGACUUCUACGCCAAGGCCGGGGAGGCAACAUCCUUGGUCGAGACAUCUUUCGUCAUGGAUGCCUCCAAGGCCUCCAAGCCCAAGAUAUUUAGCGACGAGCCCUACAAGGGAAUGGGCGAAGGUGGCGGUGUCAUGUCCAUGCUGGAGGUGAUCGAAAGCGACUUCGCUCGCCUCCAGGCUGAGACGGAAUCUGCCGAAGAGGCUGGCAAGAAGGAGUACGAAGAGUUCAUGGAGGACUCCAAGCUUGACAAGGCCACCAAGGCAAAAACAGUCGAGCACAAGACCAGCAAGAAGCAGGCCAAGAGCCAAGAGCUCACAAUGCUCGAGGUGGAUUUGCAGGGAACCCGCAAGGAGUUGGAAGCGGCCAACGCGUACUUCGAGAAGCUGAAGCCCGAUUGCAUCGAUACCGGCGCGUCCUAUGCAGAGCGCAAGGCGCAGCGGGAGCAGGAGCUGAAAGACCUGCAGGAGGCUAUGGACAUGCUCACCAGCGUGUAG